AUGCCAGUGUUCGAUGCGGCGUUCGUGAACAGCGAACUCUCGAAGAAGACAUCGAUCUUCGGGCUGCAUCUAUGGGCGGUCAUAGGAAUAGUCGUCGGAGUAGUUAUAGUCCUCAUCCUAUUCCUUUUCUCUCUGUGCAUUACCGCUUCGCGCCGCCGCAGCAGCAAGCAUAAACUCCACCGCCCGGCGAAGCUCUUCGGCGCCUGCGAGCACACCCCCGUCGUCUCCAAGGAAAUCCAGGAGAUCGUACAUGACGUUGCCCCCGAUCACCGCCCCAUCGUACCUCAGGCAGUGCCGGAGAUACAGAUAGAUAUGGGGAAGAUGGAGCACAGGGUAGUGUUUUCUGAUAGGGGUGCAUCGAGUGGCGAGAGCCGGGCGACGAGUGGGGCUGAUACCGGGUCAUUUGGAGGUAGUGGGGCAUUGCCAGAGGUGUCACAUUUGGGGUGGGGAAGAGGCCAAGCCGAGAAAGAGUUUAAGGUGGAGGUAGAAGCGAUUGGACGUGUCAGACACAAGAAUCUUGUACGGUUGCUAGGUUACUGUGUUGAAGGAGCUUACAGGAUGCUUGUCUAUGAAUACGUGGAUAAUGGAAAUUUGGACCAGUGGCUGCAUGGAGAUGUAGGCAAAGUCAGCCCUUUGACAUGGGAGAUUCGUGUGAACAUAAUAUUAGGAACUGCAAAGGGUUUGGCCUAUCUCCACGAGGGUCUGGAACCAAAGGUUGUUCACCGUGACAUAAAAGCGAGCAACAUACUGCUCGACCGCCAGUGGAAUGCCAAGUUAUCAGAUUUUGGGCUUGCUAAACUUUUGAAUUCGGAAAGCAGUUAUGUGACUACUCGAGUGAUGGGAACAUUUGGUUAUGUUGCACCAGAAUAUGCUUGUACUGGUAUGCUCAAUGAGAAGAGUGAUAUUUAUAGCUUUGGGAUAUUUAUCAUGGAGAUAAUUACUGGGAGAUCCCCUGUUGAUAAUAGUCGGCCACAGGGAGAGGUCAAUCUGGUUGACUGGUUGAAGAUGAUGGUCGGAAACCGGAAAUCUGAGGAAGUCGUGGAUCCUAAGUUGCCCGAAAGGCCUGCAUCAAAAGCACUGAAACGUGUUAUUUUGGUUGCCCUUCGAUGUGUUGAUCCUGACGCCCAGAAGAGGCCCAAAAUGGGCCACAUAAUACACAUGCUGGAGGCCGAGGACUUGACAUCUCGUGAUGAACGACGAGUUGGCAGAGAAUCUUCCAGUUCCCAUCAAGAAGAUAAGCAGGCUGGCCCAAAGUUGGUCGAUAAACCAAGUGGUGACGGUACCUCUGAUGCUAGUGAAGGGGAUGCAUAUGGUGGCAAAUCACAGUAUGUCAAAUGGGGUAAAGCUGCUGGCCUCAAUUUGACUUCUGAUGAUGAUUUCUUCUCAUAUCCAACUCUCCAAAGCUACUACAAAGCCAAUGUUAAGGUGCUAAACAGAGUCAAUACUUUCACAAACAUAACCUACAAGGAUGUUCCUACUAUUUUUGCUUGGGAACUGAUGAAUGAGCCACAGUGUGGAUCAGAUCCCUCCGGAAAGUCCCAAUUCUAUACGCGUCUGCGAGUACCCUUCCAGCUUUUACAUUCAAUGAGUCGUCCACAGGAUCCCCACAGGCCUUUUCUCCCGUUUGGAAAUCCCUUCCGAAUGCUAGUACCUAAGGGCUCUUAUCUGUGUCCAAAGCUUCUCGCUCUGUUGAAUACUUUUGAGGAGACAUUGGCAGAGAGGCUUAAAAAGCUUAAGCCGAGAGACAGGGAAGAUGUCCUAAGCUUAUCGUGGAUGAGAUUUGCUAUCGAGUCCCUUUGUGGAAUUCAUACUGAUAUAAAGAUGCUUAUCACAGCUCUUGAACUGCCUGUCUGUGAUUGGGAUGAUAAAUGGACUGAUGUUUACUUUGAUAAUAGUGUGAAGUUGCUGGAUAUUUGCAAUGCUUUCACCUCUGAAAUCUCUCGACUCAACCAAGGCCAUCUAUUUCUUCAAUGUGCCUUGCAUAACUUGAGUGGUGACUCAAAGAAGUUUGUGCGGGCACUCUCAUCACUGGACGGAUGGAGGAAUCAUAUUAGUUUAAAGAACCCAAGACUUGAGAAGUGUUUUUCCAUCAUUGAUGGUCUUGCUAAAACGCUAGACCUACCGAAGAUUAAGAACUCUGCAAAGGGAAAGGUUUUGAUGCGAGCUAUGUAUGGAGUCAAAGUGGUAACAGUUUUUGUAUGCAGUAUAUUUGCUGCUGCAUUCUCCGGUUCAGCAAAGAAGUUGAUUGAUCUACAGGUUCCUGAUACAUGCUUCUGGGCAGAGGGUUUUACUGGUCUGCAGACUUUUGUAAAUACUGAAAUAAGAAGCAUAUACUCAAGCGGAAGGGUCACUGUUUUGAAAGAGCUAGAAGCAGUUGAUGCAAGUGUCAAAAAAUUAUACCCCAUUGUACAAAAUGAGGUUGACCCUAUGGAAGCUGAGAUGUUGCAGAACCAGAGAUCAGUUUUAGGGAAGUCGGAAGAGAAACUUUCACAAGGACUAGAUCUACUUUCAAAGGACGUUGAUAUUUUCUUCAAAAUUGUUCUAACAGGACGCGAUGCUUUGCUAGGUAACCUUAGGAUUGGUGGUAAUGCAUCUGAGUCAGUAAAAACUGACAAAGUAGAAGGCCAGGCUGUGAAGUGA